GUGAUAGUUGCCCUGCCAUCCAUCAUGAUCUUGGGAGUUUUGCUUGCUUGUGCAUCUGUGUGCUCAUACACAAUAUUUGGCAUUGUAGCCCAAUAUUAUGGCCUGAAUCCGAUUGAUUUGAUUUUGGGUCGGUCUUGCAUCCAGAGCUUGGUGGUGUCAGUGGUGAUGAUAAUGAAAAGAGACUCUUUGGAAUUAUCCAAGAGUACAAUUUUGGUCGGGUGCCUCUUUUUUGUCUCAACCUCGGGCUUUAUCUUUGUGAUCUAUAUCUUACCCUUGGGAACCGCAUUCAUACUGACGCAUUCAACAGCAGGUUUUACCGCCAUUUUUGCUCGUCUAUUGGCCAAGGAGAAUAUUACAUUGCUUAAAGCCGUCUGUAUUGUUUCCAUUCUCUUGGGCCAAUUUCUUGUGAUAGAGCCAUCAUUUCUUUUCACCAAGUCGCUAUCAAGCGUAAGCCUAGGUUCCAUGGAAUAUAUUGGAAUUGCAAUUGGUUUUUUUUGUUCCAUAUCAACCGGCUUACUGACAGUUAUGGUGACACUUAACAAAACUCCCAAACAGCACAUGUUCCUUAUUGGAUCCCUACUGAGUUUAUUCUUGGCUUUGGUAAUUGGUCCAUUGGUUCAAGAGAGUCAAAUUUUCCAUGGAUCCUCUUCCAAAGUGAUUUGGAAAGCCUUGAUUCAAUCCCUUUUUGUAGGAUCAUUUGCGUUGAUGUCCAUAGGGGCAUUUUCUUUGGCCAUUGGCCUUUGUCCUUCGGUUUUAUUGACCUUGAUUGCGACAGGCGAAUGUAUCACCUCAUUUGUUGCUCAAGUGGUUAUUUUCAAACAAGUCAUUACUUGGAUCCAGGUUUGCGGUGUAGUCAUUGUUGUGCUUUCAUUGAUUACAGCUAUCCUAAUAGAUGACCAAAAUAUACAGAAGGCCGAUGGAAAUUUGGAACUUGCGCCAAUUUUGGCAUCCCAAAACGAGUUAAAGAAAUAAAAAUAAGUGUAUUGUAUGAAGAGUA